GGUAAAAAUCAAAAUCAACAACUUGUUACAUAUCACACGACGCAUUUUUAUCGAAUUCAUAUAAAAAGAAAAAAAAAUCGAACUAUUGCAUUGUACAUCCAUCAUCAAUUUGAGAGAUUAACCUAACAAGCAGAUAUAAACCAAAAGCAACGUCAUGAAUAGAUAAAAAACGACAUCAUCAUACAUGAAAUUAUCAUAUUGAAUCCUCAUCGAAAACUAAAAAAAAUUUUUCACUAUGAAAGUUUUUGCUGGUAUUGAAGGUGGCGCUUCAUUUUCUAAGGUGGCAUUGUUAGAUGAAAAUGGUUGCAUUCUAUCCCGUUUGGAUGCUGAACCCGGAUCAAAUAUUAUGCUUAUGUCCAAACAAGAAUGGGUAGAUCGUAUCUAUCAGAUGGUAUUAAAAGCAACCCAUCAAUUACCUAAACGACCAAAUGGCGAAGGAUAUCAACUCGAAAGCAUUGGAUUAUGUUUGAGUGGUUGUGAAAACGAAGAAGAAAACUUAGAAUUAUGUGAAUUGCUCAAAUCUAAACAUCCUGAAUUAUGUCAACGAUAUUCGAUUGCAUCCGAUACGAUUGGUAGUAUGAUGACUUGUAACCCGGAUGGUGGCAUUGUUCUCAUUGCUGGAACUGGAUCAAAUUGUUUGCUCAUUUAUUCAGAUGGUAGCCAAUCUCGUUGUGGUGGCUGGGGCCAUAUUAUUGGCGAUCAUGGUUCAGCCUAUUCAAUUUCUAUUCGUGCGAUUCGUUAUAUUAUUGAACAUGAAGAAAAUUAUGCACCAAUCGAAUAUGAUGUUAGUAAUGUUCGUGAAAUUGUUUUCGAUCAUUUUAGAAUUGACAAUUAUUUCGAUUUGAUAAAACCACUAUAUCAGGAAUUUGAUAAGUCCUACAUUGCACAGCUAUGUGCUCGUAUCGCUAAACUUGCAACAGAAAAAAAUGAUCCAUUGGCACUGAAAUUAUUUAAUGAAGCUGGCAAAGCAUUGGCUCAACAUGUGAAAGCAUUGUUGCCAAAAAUUGAACAAGAUGAAAUAUCAGUGAUAUGUGUUGGAUCAUUAUUCAAAAGCUGGUCACUGUUGGAAAAUGAAUUUUUAAAUGAAAUUGGCCACAUUCAAUUGAAGCUCAAUAUGCUUUAUUGUAAUGCAACCAGCGCUAUUGGCGCCGCUUAUUAUGGUGCCAAAGUCAUGGCUAAAAUCAAACUACCCAUCGAUUAUGAAAAAAAUUACCAAACGUUAUGCUCUUAUCGUGAUGGUCAAAAAGUUUACUAAACAAAUAUCAAUCAACUUUUUUUUUAAUAUAUUUCAAUAAUUUUUGCCAACUAUUUUUUCAAGAAAUAAGAAAAUUAUUUACAAU